AGUGUUAUUAGUCAUUUAUUUUUGUGAGGUUAAAUAUAUGAAGGAUUUUUUCAAUAAAAGAGAAAAUGAGGAACAUGAGUUUUUAUACAGUUCUGUUACAAUGUGCAUUAGUUUUUAGUGUUUUGAAGUUUACAACUGCUAACCUAACUGUGGAAAAUCUGUAUUCUAUGUUAGCUGGUAAAAUACAUGUGAUAAAUGAUGAAAUGUCCAUGUUACGACAAAUUCUAAUGUCAACCAAGUCUGAACUGACAUCAACCAAAGCUGACCUGAUUUCAACACAGGCUAAACUAAAGUCCACACAAGCUGAAGUGGAGAACAUAAAAUUACAGUGUGGGCUUUCUACUAGAACCACCACAGAUCCAGUAUCUUCGGUCAGGCGAACUAAAAACUCUACAACCACGUCACCAGAAGAGAAGACAACCACGUCACCAGAAGAGAAGACAACCACGUCACCAGAAGAGAAGACAACCACGUCACCAGAAGAGAAGACAACCACGUCACCAGAAGAGAAGACAACCACGUCACCAGAAGAGAAGACUUGUUGUCAAGUUGUUAAAACUGCCAUCAUGAGAAUGAAAGUAGUCCAGAGACGGACAAAGCAAGACUUAGAAAACUUAAUUGAGAACAAAGUAGGUUCCUUGAAUGAAGAUAUAGCAAGUAACACUAAAGGAAUAAGGUCAUUGGAAUCUGAUAUAAAUGAACUGGCUGUGGACUUUGUUGGUUUAAAGAACAACAGUGAUAGAAACCUGGUGAAAACUGAACAAGGUGUAAAAGUGCUAACUGAAAAGAUGACAAGUUACAACAUGGCAAUGAAGAAAGAUAUGACAAUAUUUAAUGUUGAUGUUAGUGUUUUAACUAAAAACUUAAACAACCUAACACAACAAGUGAGAAAUGAGAUGAAAGGAGAGUUAGAACAACUAUCAAAUGACUUCCAUGUUUUAUCCAACAAUCAUACAAUACUUGCUGAGACAGUCAAAGACCAGACGUCAACCAUCACCAAGAUGAUAAAAACUGAAAUAGACAAGGCUGAACACUGCCAAUCUGGAACAGUUACACUUUGGAAGCGUUAUAGCCACAGUAUUCCUUCUACAGUCACAAUUGUAUUCAAGAAACCAUUUAAAAACAAGCCUGCAUUUACCGUAGGAGCUUCAGCAUUUGACUUUGAUAGCAACACAAAUUUAAGACUAACGCUUGAUAUACAUGAAUUAUCUAGCACACAAGCAAAAGUGUAUGUAAAUGUAUGGCAUAAAACUAUAGUCUAUGGUGCUGGUUUUAACUGGAUGGCUUGUCCAACUUAACUGUUAACAAACAAUUAUUCACACGCACUGAAUAUCGCGAAAAAUAGAUUUGCUAAAUUUUACUUCAAUAUGAUACUGGGAAUUCUGUGGUUUCUGUAACUUCCUAUUUUAAAUUUGCUGACAGUCAUAUAUGUUAUAUGUUGUGAUACCUAUAUUUGGCUAUAUAUCAAUGUAUCAAAUACUAAUAUUUGAUAUUCUAUGUUAUUUUACAUUAAAUGUAUUAAAAAUACAUGUACAUCAAAAAUCUUUAGUGACACAGUGAGCAAACAUAUAUUUGUUUGUUGAACUGAUUGUCCAUUAAAAUAAGAUAAUUCACAUCUUGUAUAUAGGUAUACAAACAUAGGCAAUAUUAAUAAGCUGAGACGACACUUUAAGUGUGAAAUACUUACCUGUUAACAUCAAUAGGAAAGUUGAAAACAAACUUUCACUUAUAAAAAAACAAUCAAUCUCAGACUUAAGAGUGGUCUGGCUUUGCUAGCAUAAAAACACAAAAAAAAGAAGCAUGUACAACAAUGCUAAAAUUAGAUACAUUAUACGCAAAGAUAACCUGAUAUAGGGAAUGUAUAUGCUUAUCAUCAUUUUUGUUAUCAUCAUUUUUGUUAUCAUCACUGCUAUGAUAUUUGACAAUGACAAUUUUUUUAUUUGUAUUUUUGCCUCAAGACCAUGCAUAUUAACAUACAUGUACAAACACAACUUUUUAUAAAUUGUACAUAACAUGAGAUAUAUACUCAGAGAAUAAAGUUUAGUCAGUACGCAAACUUUUUAGUUUAUAUUUAUUACACUACUUGUAAAUAGUAAAAACAGUUACUCACAAUAAAAUUCAUUUAAUAUCAAAUACAUCUUAACAAUUUCAACAAAACAAACGUCAUUUACUAUGGAUAUUUCACGUAGGUGACAAAGUCAAAAUUCUCAAAAAUGUCAGUAUCUCGUGUGUCCGCCUCUUGCCUGGAUAACAGAGAAACAACGUUGCCUGAUACUGUUAAUGAGUCGUCUGAUGACGCUUAAGGGUGUGUGCGCCCAUUCCUCGUACAAGGCACGCUCGAGGUCAUUAACGUUGUUGACAUCUUCCAUUCACGCAAUCUACGGCCAAGAUGGUCCCACAUGUGCUAAAUAGGUGACAGAUCUGGUGAUCUGGAAGGCCAUUCGAGCGUGUUAAUGUUGUUUGCUGCCAGGACGUUAUGUGUGUAAAGAGCAGUAUGACAACGUGCAUGAUCCUGCUAAAAAACGUCAGCAUCACCGUUGUGUAUGUAAGGUACAACAGCAGGCAGGAUGAUGUCAGCACAAUAGCGCACGGCAUUAAGGUAUCCUCAAACAAUUUUCAGUUCAGUUUUACCUUCAUAUGAUAUUCCGCCCAAGACCAUGACACCUCCGCCACCAUAACCGUCACAUUCAACAACGUUGGCAGGAUCUAGCCAUUCACCACCACGACGCCAUACGCGAACCCUACCAUCGGCCCAAGUAAGGUUAAACUUGGAUUCGUCAGUGAAGACAACUCUUUUCCUUCGUUGCCUUACCCAACGGCUGUGUCGACGUGCCCAAUCAAAGCGUGCGACUUGGUGACGUUGCGUAAGGGGAACACCUUUGUAUGGUCGUCGAGCUCGUAGUCUAGCGGCCCUGAGUCUGUUUCUGGCAUUAUAAAUGGAUAUUCUGAGAUACUGCACUAGUUUUGUCCCGGGCAUUAAGCGGUGACGCGGGAUGAUGUCACUAUGUACCUAUCUUCCCUUGGUGUUGUUAUGCACAGUCUCCCUGACCGUGGCCGAUCAUUAACACUGCCUGUCUGUCGUACACGCUGUUGCAGACGAUAAAUAGUCUGUUCAUUGCAACCAAAAUGACGUGUGACAUUAGAAGCCAUGCACCUCCUUCCAACAAUCCCAACAUGAUAUUCAUAUCAUUUAUAGACAAGCAAGGACGGCGCCCCAUGUUAUCCAUCUCUGAUUUUACACCGGUUUAUUUAACUGACCACAAUAAACUAUCAAUACUACACAAUGUAUGACAAAAUGACCAUGUGGCAUACCCGAGCACGUGCACCUUGUGCAUUUUCGAAUAUUGGUCAAUACGGUACAACGAUUAUAGAGUUGGUGAUAAAAUUGUUACAUACAUAGCCGCCAAGUAUUACCCUGGACGUAUAUGAAGUUAAACAGCGGGAUAUGUCAUAUUGUCAAUUUGCGAGGCAUACAUAAAUACUGACUAAACUUUUUCUUUUGAGUGUAUAUACAAAUAAUUGUUGAACCUCUUAAUGUCAUAUACUAGUAUGGUAAAACCCCUAUAUAAGUAUCAAUAUUUGUAAAACCCAUAAUUAUAUAAGUAUCAAUAUUUGUAAAACCCAUAUAUAAGUAUCAAUAUUUGUAACAUCCAUAUAUAAGUAUCAAUAUUUCAACUAGGAUACCAUUGUCACCAACUGGUAUUAUACAGAUGUCAGUUGCAAUUUAGGACAAGUGUAAUAUAUAUAUAAUUAAAAGCCCCUCACACACAAUUUGUUGGGCUAGUAUUUCUAUGCGCAAAAUGAUCAGGAGAUGUAAUAGGGCAUUUUGGCAUAUAUAUAUAAAGCUUGUAAUAACCUAGCCCCAUUUUAUACAUCUGAAAUUUUGACUUUUUCAAGCAAUGAAAUUCACAAUUUAAAGAUCAGCAUCACAUAAAGACAUAGUUAUACCUAAACAUCACUCAAACUAUGGUAAAAAAUACUUUUUGUUACAAUGGUGCAAAGAUUUGGAAUAGAAUACCUCUUAAUAUCCAUCCUUCUAAUUCUCUGACAUCUUUUAAAAAUAAGUAUAAACAAGAACGUGUUUGUUAAACACAAAUGCUCCGAUUCUUGUCAGUAGCAAUAUUUCAAAAAAUGUUUACCCAUUCACUCAGUUAUGGACAGAAAUAUUGCCAAAAAAUUGUAAACACAAGUUAUAUAGCUUGACAGAGUCAUGGCAUUUUGUAAUUAUGAAAUAUAUAAGUUGCUAAGUCAUUGCUAUGACUUGUGAAGUGAUAAAUAUUCAACUUUAUCAAAUAUAUAUAAAUGUAAGAAAUCUAUACUUGGCACCCUUGACCUUGACCCACUGACGCCUAUAGAAUAUCAUGCAAGUUAUCUUCCAACCAAAUAUGAAAUACACCUGUCAAUAAAUAAAGGCUGUAUGGGCAAAAAUGUUAAAAUCUAUUUUGAGCAUUGAUGACCUUGUUCAAACUCACCCCUGACUCCAUCCAAAGGAAGAAUACCAUGCAAGUUAUCUUCCAACCAAAUAUGAAAUAAAUCUGUCAAUAAAUAAAGGCUGUAUGGGCAAAAGU